AUGGACCUUUGCGAACAUGCUCCUCCAUCCACCAAGUUCGUCGAUCUUCCUCUCAUCGCCUCUCUGCUCCUCCCCAUCCCUCCCUCCGUCAGUUCAGGGAUUACCCUCCCUUCUUCUACCCCUUCUCGACUUAAAACCUUUUCCAACCCCCACCCCAUCCCCAACCUUUCCCCCCUAUUCACCUGCCCCCCCCUCCCCCCUCUUCUCCCAACCCCCCAACAGCUGGGGCAGGCCCUGAGCACGCGCCCCGACAUCCUGCCGCCAGAGUACUGCGCUGAGCUGGCGCUGCUGCAGGAUCGCAUGGCGCCCUUCCCCUGCCACGUGGCACUUGCUACAGUGCAGCGCGAGCUGGGAGUGCCGCCCAGCGAGCUCUUUGCUGAGUUCAGCCCGGCUCCUGUGGCUGCUGCAUCACUCGGGCAGGUGUAUAAAGCCCGUCUGCGAUCAGGCGAGUGGGUGGCAGUGAAGAUCCAACGGCCAGCAGUGCAGCAACAGAUCGCCCUGGACUCUCUCGUGGUGCGCCGCGUGGCAGCGCUGCUGCAGCCUCUAGUGCACGGCAGAUCUGAUCUCGUUGCCAUCGCCGACCAGCUGGUGUGCCGCAUGUUCGAUGAGGUGGACUACGAGCAGGAGGGGCGCAAUGCAGAGCGCUUCCAAGCGCUCUAUGGCGACCAUCGGCCCGCCGAUCAAGGGCAAUCGCAAUCGCAAACCUCUCAGGGCAUGCGCCGCGGCCUUGUGAAGGUUCCAAGAAUCUUCUGGAAGUACUCCAGUCGGCGCGUGCUCACAAUGGAGUGGAUCGACGGCAUCAAGCUCACGGACCGUGCAGGGCUGCUGCAAGCCGGCCUCAACACACAGUUCGUUGUGGACUUGGGCGUGCUCUGUUCGCUGCGCCAGCUGCUGGAGGAGGGGUUCUUCCACGCGGACCCACAUCCGGGCAAUCUGGUGGUGACACGUGGCGGCCAGCUGGCGUACUUUGACUUUGGCAUGAUGGGCGAGUUGCCACCUCAGCAGCGAAUCAGCAUCAUCCGCGCCGUGGUGCACUAUGUGAAUCGCGACGCCCAGGGCCUAGCGCAAGACUUUCGGGCGCUGCACUUCAUUCCGCCAGAGGCAGACGUGGCGCCCGUUGCUGCAGCGCUUGCAGAGGUGUUCCGGGAGGGGGAGGCGAGGAAAGGGGACAGCAUGAGUGGCAGCACGAGUGGCAUGGACUUUCAGGGAGUCAUCCUGCGUCUCUCCUCUGUGAUGUACCGCUUCCGCUUCAGCCUGCCACCGCACCUCUCCCUCGUUGUGCGCGCCCUUGGCUCGCUAGAAGGCACGGCAACGACUCUCGAUCCCAACUUCAAGGUGGUGGCAACAGCAUACCCAUUCAUCAUAGCGCGGCUUCUCUCAGACCCUUCACCGGACAUGCGGGCCAUUCUGCGCCAGAUGCUGCUCUGGCCCUCGGGUGCCAUUCGAUGGCAGCGCCUGCAGCGACUGGCGUCCGUGCUUUCCAAGCCAUCCCCACAUCCCUCCUCUGGGGUGGACUCGAACCCCCCAAGAGAACCCCAGGAGGGGCGGACAGAAGCGCAGGUUUCAGCAGAGGCAGAGGAGAGGGAUGGUGCAAGGGGAUCACCUAAGGAAGCGGAGCGGGCAGCGUUGGGUGGAGAGGAGAGGCACGGGGGACAACAGAGGGAUGAGCUGAGGGAGGGGGUGGAUGAGGCAGCAGUAGUGGCAGCAGCGGGGGAAGACGGGAGGACUGGUUUCAGGGCUUCACUAAAGGACAAGGAGAGAGCAGCAGUGGGUGGGGAGGAGAGGCAGGGGCGGCGACAGAGGGAUGAGCUGAGGGAGGGGGUGGAUGAGGCAGCAGUGGUGGCAGCAGCGGGGGACUUCGUGGCGUAUGUGAUGUCUGCUGAGGGCAGCAGCACAAGAGGGUGGCUCGUGCUUGAUGCAGUGGCUGCUGGGCAGCAAUGGAUGGACGAGAGGGUUGUGUUGGCUGGGAGUGGGUUUGGAGAGCGAUGGGUGGAGGAGGAGAUAGGGAGGAGGGAGGGGAAGGGUGAGCGAGGAGGGGAGGGAGAGUUGAGACAGGAGGAGAGGGGAGAGAGCGGAGGAGAGGGAGAGGUGAGGCAGGAGGGGAGGGAAGGGAGUGGAGGGGAGGGAGGAUCGGGGGGUAGCAGGGUGAGUAGAUCUGCUGUGGUUGGAGCACGGCAAGAAGCAAGCCAUGUGAUGGCAGAAGGGAGAGAGAGAGGAGAGCCUGGCGUGAAACAUGACAGCAGAUCCAGUGCAAGAAAGGAAGAGGCUCCUCCUGUGGACCCCCUGGGAGCACUGGCAGCAGCGGUGCAGCGAGCACCAGAGCUGUGGGUGCCGCUGCUGGUGGAGACAGCAGGCAGGGCGGAGGCGAGGGAGAUGGCCGGCAGGGUGGUGCGAGGGGUGGCCGUUCAUGCUGCAGACUCUGCUGUGGAAAAUGCGCUGCUUGCCUGCGUGCCACGCUGCACAGAUGAGCACAGCGUUACCCUACAUGCCCCUUCCCCACCACAGCCCUCCCCCCCUCUUCCUCUCCCCUUUCCCCUCUUUCCCCUCUCUACCACACGUUCAAUCGACACCACUGACCCUGCGGAGGUGUAUGACGUGGACGGGUUCAGUGUGCCGCCCAGCACGAUCGCGGCGCUGAAGGCGGGUGGCAAGAAGGUGGUGUGCUACUUCAGCUUCGGCAUCUUCGAAAGCUACCGCCCCGACUCUGACAGCUUCCCCAAGCGCGUCAAGAAGGGCCGAGUGUGCCAGGUGAGUGGGAGGCAUGGGGGCAAAGAGAAGGGUUGUGUCUUUGGCACGUUCGAGAGCUACCGCCCCGACUCUGACAGCUUCCCCAAGCGCGUCAAGAAGGGCAGAGUGUGCCAGUGGUGGCCGGGGGAGCGAUGGCUGGAUGUGAAGGACCCGGUGGUGAAGCAAAUCAUGGAGAAGCGCGUUCAGGUGGGUGCAGUGCAGGUGGGUGCAGUGCAGGUGGGUGCAGUGCAGGUGGGUGCAGUGCAGGUGGGUGCAGUGCAGGUGGGCGUCGCACCUCAAGUGGAAAGAGGUGGAUGCAGUGUGACUUCCUUCCCCUGCACGCUCAUUGCCUCCCCCACCGUCCACUUAGCUUCUUCCUUUGCUGGCCAACCUGCCAAAACCCCCACCACCUCAUCCUCCACUUCCGCUUCUGCUGCUGCUGCUACACCCGCAGGUGCCCCCACCUUCUCUUCUUUCCCUUCCCCUUCUGCUGCUGCUGCUACAUACGCCUGUGCCCCCACUUUCUCUUCUUUCCCUUCCUCUUUUGCUGCUCCUGCUACACACGCCUGUGCCCCCACCUUCUCUUCUUUUCUUUCCUCUUCUGCUGCUGCUGCUACACACGCCUGUGCCCCCACCUUCUCUUCUUUCCCUUCCUCUUCUGCUGCUGCUGCUACACAUGCCUGUGCCCCCACUUUCUCUUCUUUCCCUUCCUCUUCUGCUACUGCUGCUACACACGCCUGUGCCUCCACCUCCUCAUCCUCCACUUCUACUUCCGUUGCUGCUGCUACACACGCCUCUCUCGAUCAUUUCCUUCCCUGGCCGCCCUUGCUCCCCCAGCGCCUACCCCUGACUGCUGCUGCCUUCUCUGCCAUGUCGUACUUAGGCUCUUUCCCCCCUCUCUCUCUCGAGCCUCCCCAUAUCUCUCCGAUCCCCACCCUGGUCUCUCCCUCGUUUCAGGGGAAUAUUCUUCCCAGCGCCCCUCCCUUCGACCUGAUUCCUGGCGUGGCUGCCUAUCACACUCUUCUCCAUCAACGCUCUCUGUGUCAUGCAUCCUACUCUGUCGCCUAUGCUGUCCCUCAUCUCUCUUUCUCUGCCCCCUGUUGUUCUGCUUCUCCCUCUUCACAUCAAAUUCCCUACGUCCCUCUUGCCUUCCCUUGUACCCCUCUUCAGGUACCUCCCUUGGCAGUGCAUUCCGCCCCCGCAGCUCCCGUCUACCCUCUUCCUCUUCUUCGUCCCACGGCUCCGGAGAUCGCCGAACUCCCAUCGCCAUACGCCUCCUCCACUCAGCUCUGUCGCGCGAUCAUUCUCCUUGCUCCUGCGGCGCCUCACGCCCCUCCUGCGCAGCUCCUCUGGCGCGCGAUCUGCAUCCGCGCUGUUCCCCUGGCCCCUCGCGCCACUCCCGCGCACCUCCUCUGGCGCGCGUUCUGCAUCCGCGAUGUUCCCAUGGCACCUCGCAUUGCCCCCACACAUUUCGUCCGCCGAGCGACCUGCAUCCGCGCUCCCGCGGUGCCUUACGCUGUUCCCACGCAUUUCGCCCGCCGAGCGACCAGCAUCCGCGCUCCCGCGACGUUUUGCCCCGCCUCCGCGCAUCCCUACCGGCGAGCCAUUUUCGCCUGCGUCGUUGCUCCCUUUGUCGCGCUCUUCUUCCACGACUUCUUCCUCAUCACCACCUUCCGAGAUCUCUUCUGCUUCCUCGCCGUUGGCCUCCUUUGCCAACUCCGACGAGUCCACCACGUCCGCGUCGUAGGGACGCCUUCCACCCUCUCCUUGCUGGCCACCUGCCAGAUUCCAAGGGCUGAUGUUGGACGGUUGAGGCCUGGGCUCCGAUCCCGCGUGCAGACCUGCCUCGCCUCCAUCUCGGCGCCCGUCAAACACCAGCUCCCUAGCAGCGCGCAAGGGGUGUGUGUGGCAGUGUUUCGCCGGACAACAUCGCCACCCACAGCAACAACCACCCCAGCAGUACCCUCCCCCCAGUUCACCAAUACGCCUCUCCUCACCGCCUCUCCCUGCUUUGUGCCCACAGCUAGCAGCCAGCUGCGAUGGCAUAGAGCCUGGCAACGAUACCCGCAACAACACCCUCCUCCCAUGUCAGCAAUUCUCCUCCUCGCCGCGUUUCUCCUCUUCAUCCCGCAGCUAGCAGCGAGCAAGGGGUGUGACGGCAUAGAGCCAGACAACAUCGACGCGUACAGCAACCGCCUCAACGUGUGGCUGCCGCCCUUCUCCAGGAGUGUGCGCAUCAGCAAGAAUGACCAGAUGCGGUACAACUCUUGGAUCGCAGACACCGUGCACAGAGGAGAGGGUCGCAAAAUAAUCGCUCACCACCCCUUCCCUCCCUCCCCUUCCCUCCCUCCCCUUCCCUCCCUCCCUUCCCUUCCCUCCCUCCCCUUCCCUCCCUCCCCUUCCCUCCCUCCCCUUCCCUCCCUCCCCUUCCCUCCCUCCCCUUCCCUCCCUCCCCUUCCCUCCCUCCCCUUCCCUCCCUCCCCUUCCCUCCCUCCCCUUCCCUCCCUCCCCUUCCCUCCCUCCCCUUCCCUCCCUCCCCUUCCCUCCCUCCCCUUCCCUCCCUCCCCUUCCCUCCCUCCCCUUCCCUCCCUCCCCUUCCCUCCCUCCCCUUCCCUCCCUCCCCUUCCCUCCCUCCCCUUCCCUCCCUCCCCUUCCCUCCCUCCCCUUCCCUCCCUCCCCUUCCCUCCCUCCCCUUCCCUCCCUCCCCUUCCCUCCCUCCCCUUCCCUCCCUCCCCUUCCCUCCCUCCCCUUCCCUCCCUCCCCUUCCCUCCCUCCCCUUCCCUCCCUCCCCUUCCCUCCCUCCCCUUCCCUCCCUCCCUUCCCUUCCCUCCCUCCCCUUCCCUCCCUUCCCUUCCCUCCCUCCCCUUCCCUCCCUCCCCUUCCCUCCCUUCCCUUCCCUCCCUCCCCUUCCCUCCCUCCCCUUCCCUCCCUCCCCUUCCCUCCCUCCCUUCCCUUCCCUCCCUCCCCUUCCCUCCCUUCCCUUCCCUUCCCUCCCUCCCUUCCCUUCCCUCCCUCCCUUCCCUUCCCUCCCUCCCCUUCCCUCCCUCCCCUUCCCUCCCUCCCUUCCCUUCCCUCCCUCCCCUUCCCUCCCUUCCCUUCCCUUCCCUCCCUCCCUUCCCUUCCCUCCCUCCCUUCCCUUCCCUCCCUCCCCUUCCCUCCCUCCCCUUCCCUCCCUCCCCUUCCCUCCCUCCCCUUCCCUCCCUCCCCUUCCCUCCCUUCCCUUCCCUCCCUCCCCUUCCCUCCCUCCCCUUCCCUCCCUUCCCUUCCCUCCCUCCCCUUCCCUCCCUCCCCUUCCCUCCCUCCCCUUCCCUCCCUUCCCUUCCCUCCCUCCCCUUCUCUCCCGCCUCCCUUCAACAGGCACGGCAUGAGUGUGGGUCUCACGAACACCCUCACCAUUGCACGGGCGGUCAGUGGCUGCCCCUUCCCUUCCCCGUCCAUGUGUCCAUCCCCCCCACGUGGAACAGGCACGGCAUGAGUGUGGGUCUCAAGAAUGCGUUGACUAUUGCAGCGGCGCUGGUCUCCAAGUUUGACUGGGCGCUGGUGGAGGAGUGUAACGCGUUCAGUGACUGGAGUGGUGGGGAGUGGUACAAGGGCAAGUACGAGUGUGACUAUGUGAAUGUGUUUAUCAAGGUGAGAGGAGAGAAAGGGGAGGGUUGGAGGAGGGAUGGCGGGGAGGGGAGUGCAGCACCUUUUCAGACUGCUCCCCUUUCCUAA